UCUAUGGUUAAUUAAUUGAAGUUUGGUGUUUUGUCUGCAGUGCGCGAAAUUUUACGUUUAAUUUCUGAAUACUUAAUUAUUAUUAAAAUAACCUAUUCAAAACAACCUAUUCUAGUCCUAAAAUAACUGAAGAUAAUUAUUAAAUAAAAAUAAACCAGUUAAGAAACAAUCACGUACUUAUUUAAAUUCUUUAGCAAAAUGGUUCAAAAAGGACCACGUCCUUUGGUAUUUUAUGGACCAUCGGGAUCAGGUAAAAGUACAUUAUUAAAGCGCCUCCUUAAAGAAUAUCCUGAUAAAUUUGGAUUUAGCGUGUCACAUACAACGCGAAAACCUCGACCCGGUGAAAAAGACGGCGUGCACUAUCAUUUUACUAUUAAAGACGACAUGACUGCCGCAGUCGAGAGAGGUGAAUUUAUAGAAACAGCUACUUUUAGUGGAAAUAUGUAUGGGACGAGCAAGCGAGCAGUAGAAGAAGUCCGUCGUUCAGGCAAAACCUGUGUACUCGAUAUUGAUAUUGAGGGUGUCAAACAAAUACGACUUACUGACUUAGAUCCAUUGCUGGUUUUUGUGAUGCCACCAUCUAUAGAAGAGCUGGAGCGACGUCUUAGAGCUCGCAAUACUGAAGAAGAGGAUGCAUUAAAGAAGAGGUUGGAAGUCGCUUUGAAAGAAAUUGAAUAUGGACAGGAACCAGGAAACUGUCAUAUAACUAUUGUUAAUGAUAAUUUGGACAAAGCUUAUGCAGAACUAAAGAAUUUUGUUUCACAAAAUUUAAAGGAUAAUGAGCCAGAACCAAAUUCAUCACAGGAGUGAACAAGCAUGUUUGAAAACUGCAAAAUAUUAACAAAAGAAUUGCUUUGUUACCUUGCCAUUGCCUAGAGUUUUAUUGGUGUUAAAUGUGUAUGGUUUGAAUAAUAUUUUUUAUUAAAAUAGAAAAUAUUAUAAAAUAUCUUUGUAACAUAAAAACACUGCCUAGACACUAUUCAAUAAAAAUAGAAUGUUUAUUGUAAGACAAAAUAAAAACUCACAUUCUAUCUAUUAUAGUUAUGUGCCAUCUAAAAAAUAUCUGCAGAAAUAUAAAGAGGUAUAGCUUACUAUGACAAAAAUGUCUGUUUCUCUAAAAUUGUCCCAUAAAAAUAAUAAUGAUUUCUGCGUGGCAUAAAUUAUGGAUGCCACAUAAUAAUAAUGGUUUCGAAUUAUGCACAUGAAAUGUGCAAGUAUAACUGGAAGCUGUGAAUCUGUGAACCAUUUCAUUUUAUGAUAAUUAAAUAUAUUAGCAUAAUACUUGAAAGAAUUUAUAGCCAAUUUUAUACAAUAAUAUAAAACUAUGAUGUAAACAAAUUUGGUUUUUAAUGUUGACCGUUUAAGAUAAUAGUUAUGUAUUGACAUGUAUAUUUAUUUAGUUCUGACUUAAAAUACAUUGAACAUACCUAUGGUAAUUCCUAUAUUUAAGCCCCAAUUAAUGUAGAAAUAAAUGUAACUUAGUACAAAACUGUAAUAUUAAUGCCUUCACUAUUGCUUAGCAAUUGGCUUUAUUUAUUUAAAAUGAAUAAAAUAUUUUGUAAUCAAAUAAAUAA